AAUGUCAUAUCGGUAACAUACAAAAUACAAGUAAAGUAGUUGAUCCUGCCUGAUUAAAAAUUGAAGUUAAUUUGUUUUUACAAGAGAACAAUAAAGGUUUUAUUGAAUUAUAGCUUAAAUAUAAAUACCGGCAAUGGCGCGCAAUAUGUCCCAAUCUUCAUCAGCGCUCAUUGAGGUUAAAAUUGAACCAGUUGAGAUCGAAAUAGAAUUCGACCCAGUAGAUACUCUGCCGAUCCUCGGUGGAGUCUCGCCUGUGGUGCAUCAUGAGCGGGUGGAGGUAAAAACUGAACCAGAACCAGUAGACACAGGUUUAACUGUGUUCAAAGUAGAACCACAGUCAGAUGAAGAUGACGUUGAAAUAAAACGCGAGAUAUCACAUGUGCCAUCACCGCUGCCAGAAGUUGCACCAUUUAACAACUUUAAUGUGAAAUUUGAGAUUGGAGAAGACGGUUCUAAACGCCAGGGACUCGGUACAGAGACGGCCGUGACACAGUGGGACGGCGUUAGAAACGAAGAUGCCUCAGCCCAACCGUCGGAAGCUGCCAUAGUCACACAAGCUGCCGUGACGACCAGCAGCAAGCGGCCCGAGCCCACUCGGACUGCGCAGGGCCUCCACCAGUGCGACGUGUGUCAGCGACGGUUUAAGCAAAUUGGACACUUCAAUGUUCAUUAUAGAACUCAUACAGAGGAAAAACCUCAUCAGUGCAAAGUAUGUCAAAAAGCCUUUAGAAUAAAAAGUGAUUUAUCUAUGCACAUGAGAAGCCACUCCGCCGAGAAACCUUUUCAGUGUGAGCAGUGUCACCUGGCAUUUAGAGUCAGAAGCCAUCUGGCUAUCCACAUGAGAACACACACCGGGGAAAAACCUUUUCAAUGUCACUUGUGUCAAAAGACAUUUAGUCGAAAAGACAAUUUAUCAACUCACAAAAGAACUCACACUGGUGAAAAGCCAUUUCAAUGUCAAAUUUGUCAAUACCGGUGUAACCAGAAAGCAGCUUUACUAAAUCACAUGAGAACUCACACUGGCGAGAAACCCUUUCAAUGUAAAGUAUGUGAAAAGGCGUUUAGGGAAAGGGCACAUUUGAUAAGUCACAUGAGAACUCACACGGGUGAGAAACCUUUUCAAUGCGAUGUGUGUCGGAGGGCGUUUAGAGAGAGAACACAUUUGAUAAGUCACUUUAAAACUCAUACUGGCGGCGGUUGCAUUGUUCUAAACAAAACGUUUUGAACAAUCAUUGGUCAACAAAAUAGGAUUUUUUAUUGAUAUUUUUUCAUAUCUUAAUGCAUGAGAUAUUAUUUAUAUACUUUAAAUUCAUGUCAUUAAAGGAACUUUCAAUGGAAAAUGUAUUUGAAACAUCAAAGUGGUCAACCUAGUCAGGUGAUGCAGAGAUAAUGUUUUUAUAUUUUGUACUUUUAUACAUGUUAUUAAUUAGUGCAAUAAAGUAUUAUUGUAUUGUA